UGACAUUUUCUUAAUUAUAUUAUAUGUAUGAUUCCACAAUUCAAUCCAUCCUCCCUUCCCACGAGAAAUCCAAAAAACUCUCCACCGCCGCCAUCGUCCUAAUCUCUGCCGGUGCAUUCCUCGCCCUCCUCCUCCUUCUCUUACCGUUAUGCUGCUUCCUCGGAAGACGUUGAAGACUGGGAGCGGGAGCCAUGGAGUGGAUGCGAUGAGUGUCGCUAGAGUGGGAUGGAGGAACGGGGAAUGUAUUUUUUUGGGAGAAGCAGCAACGAAAGAGAUGGGGGGAUGAAUUACUAUUAUUUAUUUUU